AUGAAAACUAUGCUCUCUGGGAAGCCUUCUCCUUCUUCUCCUCUCUUCCUUUGUUUAUUUCUCUCUUUGCCGUGGCGCUCCUCUACCUUCUACUCCUCCUCCACCAUCACCACCACGUUCUUUUCUUUACCAGUCCACCACCCAUUUUUAAUUCUCUCCGCUCCUAACACCCAAAACCGCGCCGCACGCACGCGUGCGCGCACCUUGCUAUUCCUCUUUGCCCGUCUCUCCUCCCCUUCAUUUUCCUCCCACUUAAUAAUCAUUUCUCCUCCCCCUCUUGCUCAUUUGCAUGUUGUUGGAAAAUGGUCGAGCUCUCAGGUAGUGUAUAUUUGUGUAUUUAUGCGUGCGUCUCUCUCUCUCUCGCUUUCUUCUCCCCCUCACUUUUAUAACCUCUCCUUUCGACCUCCUUCUCUAAAUAUCUUUUCCCCUCCCCUCUCUCUGUUUUUUAUUGUCUAUCUUUCUCGCACUCCUAAAAUCUAUUUCAUUUUUUUAAGUCUCUCUCCUGAGCAACUUGAUUCUCCCCUGCUUUUUGCGACCCACCCUGAUCAAUGUUUUUCACAAGCAUCACUAAUGUGGCCGCUAUGUUCUUGCUUCGUUCGUCCCAACCCCCACCUUUGCGUCUUCUUGUCGCUCUUUUUCUCUCUUUGGUUUCCUUUCUUUUUCUUUCUCUCUCUCUCUCUCUCUCUCUCUCUCUCCCCUAUUUCAACUUUGAUUCCAGACAAAAGCCAAUCUCUUUGUUGUAUGUUACUUUCUUUCUCUCUUGGACGACUAUCAGAAGAAUCAUUGUGUGCCGGUCGUUGGAGAGGGGACAAUCAUUAUCGAUCUCCUUGA